ACCCAUGAAGAGAUUUCCAAAAAUUAUAACAAAAGAACAAAAUAGUGGGUGUGCAUUAUUAACUCUAUCAUCUAACAACAAAGAGAAAGAGAAAACAAGAAAGAAAACAUGGGUGUAGGAUCCUCUUCAGCACCGACCCUUGCAACCGAAUUAGGACCCCCUGAAGCCAAAGUUACCGGCAUUUUCAGCUACCCUAUUAAGUCAUGCCGUGGAAUUUCUCUACCUACUGCUCCUCUCACUCCUUUUGGAAUUCGGUGGGAUCGACAGUGGGUGGUUGUGAACUCAAAAGGAAGAGCAUGUACCAUAAGAGUUGAACCAAAGUUUGCUUUAAUUGAUGUUGAACUUCCACCUGAGGCUUUUUCUGAAAACUGGGAACCUACUACUGAUUCCUUCAUGGUGGUGAAAGCACCUGGAAUGGAACCUCUCAAAGUUUGUAUGAAGAAACAGCAUUAUGAAGUAGUAGAUGAAAUGACAGUCUGGGAAUGGACCGGCCCUGCCUGGGAUGAGGGACCCGAAGCAGCGCAGUGGUUCUCCGAUUAUUUUGGAUAUCCUUGUAAACUGGCCCGCUUCAAUACUGUUUCAGAAGUUAGAAAUGUAGACCCUGAUUAUGUUGAGGGACAGCAUAUGACAUUGUUCAGUGAUGGUUACCCGUUCUUACUCGUAUCUCAGGAUUCACUCGAUGCACUAAACAAGCUUCUAGAGGAGCCGAUACCUAUGAAUCGUUUCAGACCCAAUAUCCUUGUUGAAGGUUGUGAGCCAUAUUCUGAAGACUUGUGGAGAGAUAUCACAAUAAACAAGUUUUCAUUUCAGGGUGUCAAGCUAUGUGCCCGUUGUAAGGUACCAACAAUCGAUCAAGAGACAGCAACACCUGGAACUGAACCAUAUGAAACUCUCACGAAAGUUCGCUCUGGCGAAGUUUUAAGACCAAACCUAAAAAACAAGAAAAAGAUCUACUUUGGUCAGAAUGUAGUUUGGAAAUGGAAGGAUUCUUCUGCUAAAGGGGAUGGGAAAAUGCUUAAACUGGGAGAUCCUGUUUAUGUUACCAAAACAUAUCCUUCUGUAGCAGAAGCAGCAGCUUAAAAGACUACACUGACACAAACGUUAUCCAACAUGUGUAUUAGUGGCUGAUAAACUUUGCUUUGAGUAGUCGUAAGUUGUAAUGCAUCUUUUGUACCUUGUAUCCAACUAAUAACAUGACAAAUAAGGAUGAUGCAAAAAAUAAAAAUAAAAACUUUUUUGGAGUA